AUGGUGUCCGCACCAUCCAGGCCACGUCCCGCAACUGAAAAAUCAGAAGCAGUCAAGGUGAUCAUCCGUUGUCGUCCGUUAUCGGCUUCUGAAAUAUCUGAUGGUUACCAAAAUAUUGUUGAUAUUCAAACAAAUCGUGGUGUAAUUGAAUUAUACAAUCCAAAAGAACCAAAUGAACCUUCGAAAAUAUUCACAUUUGAUUCAGUUUAUGAUCCACAAUCUAAACAGCUCGAUCUUUACGAUGAAACAUUUCGCCAUCUUGUCGAUUCUGUGCUUGAAGGAUUCAAUGGAACGAUUUUUGCAUAUGGUCAGACAGGAACAGGGAAAACAUUCACAAUGGAAGGUGUUCAUGAGGAUCCUGAAUUGCGUGGUGUCAUACCGAAUGCAUAUCACCAUAUUUUCCAACAUAUUGCACAAUCGCGGAAUCAACAGUACCUCGUGAGAGCAAGCUAUUUAGAAAUUUAUCAGGAAGAAAUUCGCGAUUUGUUGAGUGUAGAUCCGAAAAUACGUUUAGAAUUAAGGGAGCGUCCAGAUGUUGGCGUUUAUGUGAACGGUCUUUCAUCAUUCGUAGCAAAAUCUGUGGAAGAAAUUGAGCACGUUAUGUUAGUCGGUCAUUCAAAUCGUACAGUCGGGAGAACAAACAUGAACGAACAUAGUAGUCGUUCACAUGCAAUUUUCAUGGUGACAGUCGAGUGCAGCGAACCCGGUUUGGAUGGUCAGAAUCACAUAAGAGUCGGACGAUUAAAUCUGAUAGAUUUGGCAGGCAGUGAGCGUCAGUCAAAAACGGGAUCACAUGGUGAACGGUUGAAAGAAGCAACAAAAAUCAACCUGUCUCUUUCUGCUCUUGGCAAUGUUAUAUCAGCAUUGGUUAGUGGAAAGAGUACUCAUGUACCGUACAGAGAUUCGAAACUAACACGGUUAUUACAAGAUUCACUAGGCGGUAAUUCGCGAACCGUAAUGGUCGCUAAUAUUGGACCUGCGUCGUAUAAUUAUGAAGAAACACUGUCUACGUUAAGAUAUGCAAAUCGCGCAAAAAAAAUCAAUAAUCAACCAAGGAUCAACGAGGAUCCCAAAGAUGCGCUUCUUCGCGAAUUUCAAGAUGAGAUUACAAGGCUUCGAGAAAUUUUGGAACAACGAGCCGUUAAAAAAAAAAAGAAGGUGUGUGUUGGCGGAAAGAGCGAAAGUGAUGAUGAAGCUAUUCCAAGUGAAGAAUAUCUUAAUGAACAGCAGAGGCGUUUGGAAGAUGAAAGACAAACCAUCAUCUCUAAUUCAAACAUUAUUGCAGAGGAAAAGAGAAAAAUACUUGCCGAUCUGGAAGAAAGGGUUGAGCAGCUAGAAAGGGAACGCGAAGCACAAACUGCUGUAGCUGCUAAGAUUCGAGCAAUGCAAAGUAAACUUCUUUCUGGUGAUAACAGUUUGUUGGAUAAGACUCGCGAACAGCAAAAAUUGCUAGAGCAGCGAAGAAGACAACUAGCUGAACAAAAGAACAAAGAACGCGAAAUUUUGCAACAGUUGGAAGCACAAGAAGAUAAUACAGCAGAAAUACAUGAAACAUUUAGUAAUUUGAGACAAGAAGUUGAAAUAAAAACAAGGAAACUAAAAAAAUUAUAUUCCAAGCUCCAACAGGUUCGUUCGGAAAUCAGUGACGCCUCUGCAAGUCAUUCACAGGAGAGGCAAGAUUUGGAAAAUUCAGUAACCGAAAUUAAUAAAGAGUUAAAACUGAAAUUGCUGAUUGUGGAGAAUUUCGUGCCACAAGAUGUUCGUGAUCGCUUACGUGAAAGAGCAUGUUGGGAUGAGGAUGUAGGUACUUGGAAACUUUUAAAAAUCGGACAAAGUCGGUCCAGAAGCACUACAUUCGAAGAAUUAUGUCGUUCAGGUGGCGGCGAUUCUGGAUUAGGCGUCAGUGAUACUUCGACUAAUAUUGAUUAUUCUAUUGUCCAAGAUCUUAUUAGCAACCGACCGGUGUCAGUACCUGGCAUGAGGCGACCAAUAUGUGAUUACGAGCGAAUGUGUUUGACAAGAUUGCGACAACAGUUGAGCACGCAGUUAAAAUGUGAACAGAUAAGAUCUACCAAUUAUGCAAACGAAGCUGGUACCAUGAUCUUAGAAGGGAUUCUGCGAUUUUGUGGUGAAAAUGUAUUGACAUUCACUUCGUUGGAAAAUUUAGAAAGGCGAACAAAGUUGUAUGAAACUUUCGAAGUCGAAGCUGGUUUACAGGCUACCGCUAAUUUCGUACGGUAUAACGAAGAACAGGAACAGAAUUUUAUUGUUGAUAUUUCAAGAAUUCCAGUGCUGCGAAAUUCAAAUCAAACCGGCCGGUUUCCUGUUUCAGGUCGGUCGAUGCCGAGAAAUUCUUCAUUUUUCAAACUAUCAUUAACACAUUCAAAAAAUGUACGAGCCCGCAGCGCACUUGGAAGAGUGGUAACAACUUCGAACAGCUGCACACCGAAAACUGGAGGUUUGAAAGAUUCUUAUGCUGCAAGCUGUACUGUUGUCCCAGAAACUUCUAUUAUUAUCGCGAAUACAGUUGCUAAACGUUCUAUCCAUUAUUCAUCUUUGCCAAAUGUCCCUAGGAGUAUACCGUAUCAACACGACAAAUUGUCAAUAGUAGUUGGAAUCAGUCAGGGUACUGACUACUUGAGUAGAAAAACUAGGACUGGUUUUGAGGAAGCAUCAUUGUUCGCGGAUAUUAUCGUUACUGAUAGCAACUCACUACAUCAGAAUUUGACCGAGAGUGUAACAGGAAGUUCCAGAAAUAAUCGACUGAAUUUUAACAAAAAUGAUAGCGUUGUGCAGUCAAAGUUUAAAAAUCAAAUAUGGAAUUCAUGUUAUCAGCAGAUUUAUGGCGACGUCAAGAAAUGGAUGAUAAUGGACCAAACAGACACGUUAUAUGUAACGCCUUUCUCGUACGAGGGAGGAACUGUUCGUGGAAAAAGGCAUAACAGCAGAAUUCCAAUAUUGAAUACGAGAUCGGAAACUAUAGCAGCUCAGUGUUCACAAUCCUCUGAAAACUGCAGUUUGUUCAUUCAGUCUUUUUCGACAUUUACAAGGCGAGUCAAUAAUUCACUAGCAAUGGAAGGGUCGUGUGAGAAAUUAGCAAAUGGUCUGAAAGAAACUCCCUUCAACAUUUCAAGGCAGUUAUUGGAGCGAUGUGCUUUUUGUAGACAACAAAGCAUCUCAUCAUACACUUCCAGUUGCCAUGAAGACAUUGUAAAGUUAGCAACAUAUUCCGAGUCAGCAAAACCAUGGGAAGUGCAUACUCACAGAAAAGAGUGGCUGUUAAACAUGGAACCUAGAAAGGCAAAAAAAAUAAUGAAACUCCGAUUCUGCACAUCUUCAAGCUAUUCAUUAUGUCGUGGUCGAGGAAAUCUGCAGUCAAUCAGAUUUCCGAAACGGUUGAUAUUAUCAGUCAAGAAGAAGAAGAUAUGUUGUACAAAUCGAUGCAUUUAUGCUUCGGCUGCUAGUAGUUGUUCAUUAUCCGAGCAAAUCAGAAAAUGCUAUGAAAAAUCACUGCACCUGAAGUCACUGUACAACAUUAUAUCUACUUUCGCUGUUAUGGCUCUUCUGCUUGCUUUUAUAAUACGUGCUCUGGAGGUAUUUCUUUGCAAAGUAUAA